AUGGGACAAGGGCAAUCGAAAAGCGAGUUGCUCUACCAGCAAGUCAGUUAUGGGAAUUCCGAUGGAAUCAAAGCCCUUCACCGAGAAGGUGCAGGCCUUGAGUAUAUAGAUAGAGAAGGAAAAACACCCUUGAUUGUUGCUUGUAUGAAUCCUGAACUUUACAAUAUUGCUAAAACGUUGAUUGAACUUGGAGCCAAUGUCAAUGCAUACCGUCCCGGACGUCAUGCUGGGACUCCGUUGCAUCAUGCAGCUAAAAGGGGCCUUGAAAGUAUUGUUAAGUUACUUCUUUUGCAUGGAGCCAAUCCUUUGGUGUUGAAUGAUGAUUGUCAAACUCCUCUUGAGGUUGCUAGGGCUAAAGGAAAUAGCAAUGUUGUUCGUGCAAUGGAGAGUCAUUUAUGCUUGUUCUCUGGUUGGUUGCGGGAGUUUCAUGGACCUGGGUUUCUAGAAGUAGUAGCUCCUAAUUUGGUAUCAAGGAAAGUUUGGGUGGUAGUUUUACCAGUAGGCUCACGCGGUCUCACCAUGCCUUACAAGUUGGAGCUUGCAGUAUAUUCCACUUUGCAGGAUGCAAAACCCCGCACAAUUGUUCCUCUGUGGAAGGCCAAUUUAGAAGAACCAAGGCUUCGUCAGUCUGAUCUCUCAGUGUCAAUUACUGAUAAGACAACCAAAACACGUCAUAAAUUUGGACCUGCAAAUGAGAAUGACAAACAACAACUUACAUGGUUUUCUAAUGCUUGCAAAGGAAUUCCACAGGUAAGUCCAGCAUUUUUGAAUAAUAAUAUGGUUACCGUUCCACCAACAGCACCACCUUCCGCUGAAGACCCAGAGUUGGCUAUGGCUAUCCAUGCAUCUAUUCAGCAUGCUAUCCAGGAGAGGCCAAGCUUUCCUGAUGCAAGUUCUUCCAUCAGUGGAUCGAAUGCAGUACAAGGUUUUCUCGGUACACCAAAUCCAAAUCCAAAUGCUAAUGAGUUUGUACAUGAACCUGUUUCAGUUGACAAUACUCAACAUGUCCAAAGCGAUGGCAAUGUCUCUGCUGGGCACACUGCCAGUGGUCUCGAUGUCAAUCCAUCAGCUCCUCCAUUUGCUGACGAGGUUCCAUUUGAUGGCCCGAUUCACUAUCCAUCAAUUGAUUUGAGCCCUGUUAAUGUAUCAGCUUCAGUAGUUGGGAACCUCCCUAACGAAGAAGGAAUGACUGUUGGAGGAAGUGGUUCAACGUGCGUGAUUUGUUUAGAUGCUCCAGCAGAAGGGGCAUGCAUACCUUGUGGCCAUGUUGCUGGAUGCAUGUCUUGUUUGAAUGAAGUUAAAACCAAGAAAUGGGGUUGCCCUGUUUGUCGGUCUAAGAUAGACCAGAUCAUAAAGCUAUAUCAUGUUUGA